UAUCCUUCAAUGUAACCAAAAAUAAGCAUGGCAAUUCAAGGCUACCAACUCUUUCUCCUUCUAGCUUUUCUUGGCUCCGCUACUCAAAUUGGAGGCAAUAUUGUGACUGACACACUCUUCCGGAGUGAUUGCUCGGAUGGUUUAGUAUUUGGAGCGGCAUCAUCAGCUUACCAAUAUGAAGGUGCGGCUAAUGAAGGGGGCAAAGGGCCGAGUAUCUGGGACACUUUCACUCACCAAUAUCCAGAGAAGAUAGCUGGUGGAAGUAAUGGAGAUGUGGCUAUUGAUUCAUAUCAUCGGUACAAGGAGGAUGUUGGGAUUAUGAAAGAAAUUGGUCUAGAUGCAUACAGGUUCUCAACCUCGUGGUCCAGAGUUUUGCCAAAUGGAAAGCUAAGUGGUGGUAUCAACAAGGAAGGAAUCAAAUACUACAACAACCUCGUCAAUGAGCUCCUAGCCAAUGGUCGUGAUUCAUUAUAAUUUUUCUAGUUAAUUUUUUUAUGUGAAUCAUGUGUUUAUGAGGGUUAAUUAUAUGUCCAGGAAUAUGCAGGCAUCCAGCCAUUUGUGACUAUCUUCCAUUGGGAUGUUUCCCAAGCCUUGGAAGAUGAAUAUGGUGGUUUCUUGAGUCCUAUGAUUGUGUAAGUUUUGACUUUUACGUAUCAACCACCAGUGCCUAUUAUUAAAUAAGCUUUUAAUAG